AUGUUAAAUUCCACUAUUUCCUUGGCGCAAGAUGAGAUCACAUUAGAUGGACCAGCGGGACCACCUCCGGAAGGUGUCAUACCAAAUUUCGUUAACCCGCCAAACAAGACCGAUCUCUCUUAUGCUAUCACUACUAUUUGUUUAGCUAUUACGACUUUUCUUGUGGUUACUAGACUCUAUGCCAAGACAUAUUGUACAAAAGAUGUUCACAUUCCAGAUUUUUUAUCAUUCAUCGCAUUUGGUAUAUAUUGUGGCUACGCCUAUGCUUUAUACGACUGUAUACACGGUUCUGGCUUUUUGAUUGACAUUUGGAACUAUCAACAAAAGGAUCUACCUAAAUACCUCUACCCUAAUUACAUCAUCACUAUUCUUUACCCCCUGGUACUUGCUUUCUUAAAAAGUGCCAUCUUACUCGAUUGGUGCCGAAUACUCGUUCCCUUAGGAACGCGAAAUCGUUUCUGGUGGAUAUGUCACGUUCUGGUAGUAUUUAAUGUGGUAUUCUACGUUACUAUGUUCUUUGGAUGGACUUUUAGUUGCGACCCGGUGGAAAGAUAUUGGAAGAUAUAUGGUCCUGGAAAAUGCGUUAAUUUGCUGGUCCUCGACGUGAUCAAUGGUGGAUUCAACCUGACGACGGAUCUUAUUGCUUUCUUUCUCCCUCAACAGGUGAUAUGGAGUUUGAAUAUGCCAAUAAAGAGAUGUAUUGGUGUAUCUGCCAUCUUUGCGAUAGGACUUCUCGCUUGCAUCAUCGCGACAUUACGCAUUCCAUACGUUGUCCAAAUGUAUUCUUCAAACAACCUCACAUAUGAUCUUUCUUCACUCGAUCUUUGGAAUUUUGGGGAGAUGACAUGCGGGUUUAUUGUUCUCUGUGUGCCUUCGUCCAUUAUUGUAUAUACUCGCUUCAAGUCAUGGCUCGGCUCAAUCCCUUCAAAUGAGAGAGACAUUGAGGGCAAAAACAAAGACCCUUAUGACUCCUCGACAUUGACAGGAUCAAGUUCAACAAGAGAGUUAUGGGUAUAA